AUGUUCACUGGUCUCGUAGAAACAAUUGGCACGGUCACGGCCCUCGAGCCCCAGGACGGAACUGCAAGUGGCGGCGGUGGAACGUCUCUGACCAUCUCCAACUGUGCAGAAAUACUCACCGAUGCGCAGCUGGGCGAUAGCAUCUGCGUGAAUGGGACAUGCCUGACCAUCACGGAGUUUGAUAAGUCCUCGUUCAAAGUUGGUGUCGCGCCAGAGACCCUUCGCCGUACAAAUUUGGGCUCUCUCAUCUCCGGAUCUCCUGUCAAUCUUGAACGAUCCGUCACCGCCUCGACGCGCAUGGGCGGCCAUUUCGUGCAGGGCCACGUCGAUACUACCGCCACCAUUCUUUCCAUUACUCCAGACGGGAACUCGCUCGUAUUUAGACUUCAGCCAACAGACAGAAGUGUACUACGAUAUGUCGUGGAGAAGGGCUAUAUCGCCCUAGACGGCACCAGCUUGACGAUUACUAAAGUCGUUGAUGGCGAAGAUGGCUGGUUUGAAAUCAUGCUGAUUGCUUACACACAAGAGAAAAUUGUCACUGCUAAGAAAAAGGAAGGAGAUCUAGUUAACGUUGAAAUUGAUAUGGUUGGAAAGUAUGUGGAGAAGAGUGUCGAGGCGUAUUUUCAGGGCAAAACUGGAGGGGAUGCCGAAGUACUAGAGAAGUUGGUCGGGCGACUUGUUGAUGAAAAGAUUGGAGGUAAACAAUCCGCCUGA